CGGAAGUGCCCAACUCAACGCUAAGCUAAUAAGUGAGUCCUUUGGAGUGACAGGGUCCUUGAUUAUUACUUUGUGAGAGUCAGGGCUGCGCGACUUCAACUUGCUACUUUCAACACUUUGGAGGUCUUGUAUCAACAGCCAUACCAUACCAACUACGUAUCCUUCCUCCACCUCUUUUUUUUUUUCAUAAUGCCAUCGAUCCUCUCCGAUGCUGACAAAGAAACCGUGAAACGGACCGUCCCCAAGGCUGCCAACAAGAUCCAAGCUGUCGCGGUCGCUCGACUCUACGUCGCUUAUCCCCAUCGAAACCGAUGGACCUAUACCGGUCUACAAGGCGCCGCCGUCCUUUGCAAUGAUCUUGUCGGAAACACCUUUUGGAUCAAAUUGGUGGAUGUCUCCCCCGCGAAUCGGGGUGUGAUAUGGGAUCAGGAGAUCUACGACACCUUUCAAUACAAUCAAGAUCGAACCUUUUUCCAUUCCUUCGAACUCGAACAAUGUCUGGCCGGACUGUCGUUUGUCGACGAGAAGGAGGCGAGGACCUUCAAGAAGAAGAUGGACGAGCGGGAGAAGAAUGCAAGCAAGCAGACGAAAGCACAACCCUUUGCCUCGAGUGCUGGAGGAGGCCAGGUCCAUAUCUCUGGGUCAUCGCAUAAACACCACAGUCGGGUCGGCAACUUCUUGCGAGGGCACAGGCACAGUUCCAACCCUAUACCACAGGCGGCCCAGCCUCAAUCCAUCAUUCCUCAGCCGAUGUACAGUCCUGCUCCCGCGAGCAGCAGCCGCCCGCAGAGCAGUGCCGGCGCCGGAGGUAUCGAUUUGGCCGAUCCCACCUGGCGGCCCAUCCUGGACGAGCUGCUCCAGAUGGGCAUCACCGAGGACCAGAUUGCAGCCAAUGCCGACUUUAUCAAGAAAUAUGUCCAACAGAAACAGGCCGAGGAGAUGGCCAACGGAAUUGCCCAGGCUUUACCGUCCGUCUCCGAAACAAGGUCGCGCGCGCCUCCUCCACCACCGCCGCCCUCGGCACCACCAUCACGCAUAAGUCCAGAGAAUACGGGUGCCUCAUCUUCUAGCAAACGCGGCCCUCCUCCGGCCCCACCGCCGUCCAGAAGGCCCGUCGGUGGCAGAGCGCCAUCGCCUCCACGGUCACCAUCACCUCCACCAAGGACGCCCUCUCCGGUCGCCAGCCCUCAACCCAGGUUCCGUGCACCUCCACCUAUUGCAGACGCAGGCAAAUAUGCCGUCAAGGAAGGUCCAGAAGUAUACACCCCAAGACGAGCUCGAGCCUCUUCGGGCUCUGUAGCAAACCCAGGCCCUCCACCGCCUCCCCGCCCGCCCAAGACGCCGAUCGAUGAAGAGCCACAGGGGAUGUUUAGAGUACCUCCUCCCUUCAUGGGCGAUCGCAAAUCUUCCGCUCCUCCACCACCGCCGAGCCGUGGUCCAGUGCCUCCGCCUCCACCAAGUAGGGAUACAUCGAUGCCGCAGUCGAUGCCACCUCCGCUGCCCCCCAAAGCGCCAGGACCCGCACCAUCCCCGGCGUUUAUCCCUCCACCACCUCCUCCGCCCCCAGCUCGCGGUGGUGCGCCGCCCCUACCACCUCCGAACACACGAGCUGUGCCUCCUCCGCCAUCCUCGGCGGGACCCCCUCCCCCACCUCCAAUGCCAUCGUCCUCUGGUCCUCCUCCUCCGCCGCCCAUGCCCUCGUCGUCCGGACCGCCUCCUCCUCCUCCACCACCACCCAUGCCGUCGUCUGGUGGUCCGCCACCUCCUCCGCCGCCGAUGCCAGGUGCAAGUUCAGGCCCGCCUCCACCAUCUCUUCCAUCUGGCGGCGGCGACGGACGGGAUUCACUGCUCGCAGCGAUUCGAGGUUCCGGUGGAAGUGGAGGCGGUGGCCUACGCAAAGUUAAGGACAACGAGAAACGAGACCGUUCUUCCGCCAUGGUUCCAGGCUCCGAAUCGGCCGCUCCACCUCCACCGGGAGCUGGUCCAGGAAGUCCAGUUGGUGCAGGUGAUGGUGGCCAGGGUGGCCUUGCCGGUGCACUUGCGGCGGCCCUUAGUCAGAGGAAGAAGAAAGUCAGCGGUAGUGACGAUGAAAAGGACGACGACGACGACUGGUGAACCGUUGGACGAGAACGAGGACGGGGACAAGAUGACUUUGAUGGUGCGAAAGUGCGAUGGGUUUUUGGGAUCAUCCCCACCUCCUUAUAAAGUUGGCACACGUGUCGAGGAUCUUCUGGCUCCGCUCCAUUGCACGAAGCGUGGACCUUUUCAACUCGGCCUACUUUUCCAAUGUGACUCGGGGGAUGUUCGUCGUACAGAGACAGAGAGGGAAAGAGGAAAGGAGGGCCCGGGUACGACGCGGAAAAACACGAAUGCCAAGUUGUCUCUGCCCCCCUGGACGUCCAAAGCAGGUAUGGGCAAACACACCAUUACCAGGCAAAUCCAACACUGGGGGUAGUGUGGGAUGAACGACAACGCGCGGCAGGGUUGCCAGACCCAAACCAAACCGGUUUUUACACUUUGCGUGGUCGAUGCGUGGACUUGGAUACCAUGGUACCUGUGGUGAUGGUAUCGUGGGGUUGUUUGCGUUGUUGGGUACCCAGGUAAGGUAAUUAGGUGGUUUGUUGUUGUUGUGGCACCUAGCUAGGUACCCCCAAAAACAGAGGUAAAGCAUCUCAGCGAGCGUUGUUGAAAAAACAGAUGAACAAAAAAGCAGAGCGACCGGUCAGUCUAAUAUACAAUGCCUGAUACAAGAUAUUCCCAGUAUUCCAUUACCCUUGCCUAGG